GUGCUCUGUGCCAUCCUGAGGUCAGUAGGGUUUAGGGUUUCACGGGCGGCUAACGUCGCUUCCUCGCUCCGUGUCUAAUUCUUGAGCUCCGUUGAGCGCUAGAGAGUUCUUGGUCUUUCCCCUACUACGUUCGAUUCUCUUGUAUUUGCGGAAUCGGCAGAGGAAUCGUCAUGUUGGGGCUCCGAAGAGCUGCUGCCAGCUCCACGAGGGUUCAGAAUUGCAGCAUUUUGUUAGCUCGGGCAUGUUGUGCUGACUCAGUACUGUCAAGAAAUUACUUGGCGCAUGAAGAAGGGCACCAUGACAAAAGUUUUAGCAUAUCUGGGAGUUCCAUAAUUUCUAAGUUGUAUUCCAGUGAAUGUUUGUAUCAUACAAGUCAUACAAAGUCUUUCCUAUGGUGUCGAAACCUUUCUUCUCAUGCUAGGGCGAGAUCGGGCCAGAAGGAUGAUGAUCUAGAAGAUGGGUUUUCUGAUCUAGAUGUACCACCAGAAGAUGAUGCAAUGGUAGGACCUCAGGAAAAAGAGGACGAUGGGGAGUUGAUGUCUGAAGAGGAGAUGAACAAUGCUGCUGCUGAUGAACUUAGUUUUUUGGACAGUGAAACAGAUUUGUCUGUUGAAAAGAAAACACAGAGGAUUGAAUCACAACUUUCCAAAAUCAUAAUAGAAAAUCCACGAUACUCGCUUAAUGGCACACUUGAUAAGUGGGUUGAAGAAGGGAAUCCUCUAGGACGAGGAGAAAUCUCACUUGUACUGCUGAAUCUUAGGAAGCACCGGCUCUAUGGAAAGGCUCUACAGUUUGUUGAGUGGCUUGAAGCAACUAACCAUCUUGAAUUUCUUGAGCGCGACUAUGCUACCCAUUUGGAUUUGGUCGCUAAAGUACAUGGUAUUCAAAAGGCUGAAAAAUACAUAGAGGAAAUUCCAAAAUCCCUCAGAGGCGAGGUGCUGUACAGAACUCUCCUGUAUCAUUGUGUUUCUGCUACCAAUGUAAAGAAAGCAGAAGAUGUUUUUAAUACAAUUAAGGCUCUUGGCGUCCCCAUUUCAGCAUUUGCUUGCAACCAACUGCUGCUGCUUUAUAAGUGGGUAGAUCAGAAGAAGAUUGCUGAUGUCCUCGUGAUGAUGGAAAAGGAGAAUGUGAAACCAAAUCUCGUCACAUACAGGCUACUGAUAGACACGAAAGGCCGUGCAUAUGACAUAUCAGGCAUGGAGCAAAUUUUGGACACAAUGAAGGCUGAAGGUGUGGAGCCCGAUUUGCUGACUAAUGCUAUGGUUGCACGGCACUAUGUAUUUGCAGGCCUCAAUGAGAAAGCAGAAGCGACCAUGAGGGAGAUGGAAGGUGAUGACAUCAAGGAGAACCGUGCUGCUUGCAGGGAUCUUCUUCGUCUUUAUGCUGCUCUUGGUAAAGCAGAUGAUGUGGAAAGAAUUUGGAAUAUUUGCAUGUCUAACCCACGUAUAGGUGAGUGUUUAGCUGCAAUAGAGGCUUGGGGCAAGCUUGGGCAGGUAGAAAAUGCAGAGGAAGUCUUUGAAAACAUGCUCAAGAUACAGAAGAAGCUGUCAACAAAAUACUACAACACAUUGUUGAAGGUUUAUGCAAAUAAUAAGCUUGUAUCUAAGGGAAAGGAAUUGGCAAAGCGGAUGUCAGACAAUGGCUGCUACAUUGGCCCUAUGACUUGGGAUGGACUCAUUAAGCUGUACGCGAAGGCAGGGGAAUUGGAGAAAGCUGACUCCAUAUUGCUCAAAGCAUCCAAACAGAAUGAGUCUAGACCCCUCUUUGGCUCAUAUAUGACAGUGUUAGGCAGGUACUCUGCAAGGGGAGACAUCCAUAAUGCUGAGAAGAUCUUUCAGCGGCUGAGGCAGAUUGGAUAUGCUGUGAAAUUGAAGCCGUAUCAAUUAUUACUCCGGACCUACAUAAAUGCGAAAUCUCCAGCAUAUGGGUUCAGGGAAAGGAUGAAAGCUGAUAACAUAUCUCCUAACAAGGCUAUGGCAAUACAACUCACAACUGCUGAUGCAUUCAGGAAGACUCAGAUUUCGGAAUUGCUUGAUUGAGUUGAGAAAUUUCUGAUGCAAGUGAGACUAAUGAAAAAGAAACUUCUCAUCCCUUUUUAUAUUAGUGCAGGCUUUGCACAAAGAAAACAAAUUGGAGAUCACCAGCCCGAUUAUUGAACUGCUUCUGAUGAUGGUUUGCCAAUGGAAGGAUCCAGAAUGCUCUAGUAGAAAACUGAGCUCUUUUGGUUCCAGAAUGAACUAUUUUCCUAGCAUGUCAUUUUACUUAAGAUUGCUGUAGUUUAGAUGUUGGAAUUUGAUAUGCAAAAUCUAUGCAAUAUCUCUAGCUUCAGUAUGUUCUGCUGCUACUUUGUUAUACAGCUAUGGAUACAUCUUAGCUACUUGAUUGUCAUUAUAUAGCUUUUUACUUGAAUGUUAAAGUGAAAUAUGUUAGUGAUGCCA